UAAGAUAACUUGUUUAUACUUGAGUAAAAUGGACACGGGAUGUUGUUCUUAAUUGUACUGUAAAGUUUGCUGGAUCAGCUGUAUGCUCGUGUCUCGCUUCUUAAAGUGCUAGUUCAAUCAAAAUGAUCAUUCAGUCAUUAUUCACUAUUGAUCCAAACCUAAAUGCUUAACUUCCGUGAACACAUACAUAGAGAUGCAUAAUGACAAUCUCAGUCACCACCAUUCACACUCGUUGUAUGGAAGAGACGAAAGUCAUGGAGGUUUCGAACAAAGUGAGCCUUUGUCACUAGGAUGAACCCUAUUGGUAUACGCUGAUAAUAUUUUCCUCCUGUCAUCAUAUGUAACUAGUAGGACUUCGAGGGGUAGUGGUUUAUGUUGUCAUUUCCUGUACCGAUUAUGAUGUCACUCAUUGUGCAGUACACACACAUUAUCAUUCUUCAUUCUCCCUCUGGGCAGUGUGUGUGGUUGUCAUGAAUGUAACCUCAGAUCGUUUGAGCUGCAAUCUGUGUAAUGUUUCUUAUAAAAAUGGUUUUGCAUUUGGCCAAGACUGUUCCUCUGGACUGAAUCUUUGGUGUGUGUAUGUCAAUGUGACGAGAGGAAACUCUACCGACAGCACUAUGGGUCAAGACAGAGGAAAGUAUGAUUUCUAUAUAGGCCUCGCUUUGGCUAUAAGUUCCAGUAUAUUUAUUGGCGGUAGUUUCAUCUUAAAGAAGAAAGGACUCCUUCGACUGGCAAGAAAGGGCUCUAUGCGGGCAGGUCAAGGAGGUCACGCAUACUUAAAAGAAUGGCUUUGGUGGGCUGGCUUGUUAUCAAUGGGGGCCGGCGAAGGUGCCAAUUUCGCUGCAUACGCCUUCGCUCCCGCCACCCUCGUCACUCCUCUCGGGGCUCUCAGCGUGCUUGUCAGUGCGGUACUGUCCUCGUACUUCCUGACAGAGAGGCUGAACCUGCAUGGGAAGCUUGGCUGUCUGCUCAGUAUCCUGGGCUCCACUACCAUGGUGAUACACGCGCCUCAAGAGGAGGAGAUCGACAGCCUGGAAGACAUGGCCAAAAAACUGGUUGAUCCAGGCUUCGUGGUCUUUGCGACAGCUGUCAUCAUUAUAGCUCUCAUCUUCAUCUUCGUAGUGGGCCCACGCCACGGGCAGACUAACAUCCUGGUCUACAUCACCAUCUGCUCUGUGAUUGGUGCUCUGUCCGUCUCCUGUGUGAAGGGAUUGGGCAUCACCAUUAAGGAGGCCAUCUCUGGGAAGCCAGUGUUGCGAAACCCUUUGGCCUGGCUGCUGCUGCUGAGCCUGAUAGCUUGUGUUAGCACACAGAUCAACUACCUGAACAAAGCACUGGACAUCUUUAACACAUCCCUGGUGACGCCCAUCUACUACGUGUUCUUCACCACCUCGGUGCUCUCCUGCUCUGCCAUAUUGUUCAAAGAAUGGGAACACAUGGGCACCGAUGACAUCAUUGGCACACUGAGCGGCUUCCUUACGAUUAUCGUGGGCAUCUUCCUGCUGCACGCCUUUAAGGACGUUAGCAUUAGCUUGGCGACACUGGCUGUGUCCAUCAGGAAGGACGAGAGGAAUGGCCCUGUAUUAAACGGCAUGGCAGCUCACAACCACUCCAGUUACGAGCUGCUACAUAAUGAUGUCACAGAGGACUUUGACGACAGAGAGCCAGGGUUGCCUUUCGACAGCGUCUCCAGAAGAAACGGCACGAUGACAGUCUCUUAGGUUCAGUGAGGAACCCGUAUGCAGCAGUUGGUCUAGGAAAAUGUUUUGGCUGCUCUAUGGACAUUUAGCAUUUUUCUUUCCUUUUCAGAUAGGAGAUAAAACCUAAGACAAUCAACUCCCAACGCAAAAAAUACAAAAUACAAAAAAGAUGGACCAAUCGAUUGUACUAAGGGUUUCGUUUAGCUCAUUUUUGUUUUGUUUUGUUUCAAACUAGACUACAUGGUAAGCUUAAUAUCAUUCCUCAUGUAGCACUGUAAAUACACAACUGUACAUUUUAAAGAGACUUUUGUUAUAUUUUAUGUACACAUCUGUAUUUACAUGCACUGAGUUUCUUUCUACAAAAUAUGUAGUUGUUUUGACUUUGUAUUAAAGACAUCCAAGUGAAA